GAAUUUAGGACAACAUGCUCAGUGCUCAUAUUAUGUGACGGAAUUAGCCGAUUCACUUAGCGUCCAUAAGUGCAAGAAGUAGUGAAUGUAUUGCAGGAUGGAAAGCCCCCGUAUACAGCCCUUAAACAAGCAAAAUAUUGUCGUAGGAAAGUAUGUUCUUCUUUUGAUUCGAUGUAUCCGUUCACAGCAAUCACCUUCAUUUUCAUUCGCAUCUGGAAAAGCCAAUGAACAUGGAGUACCCGUUCUUGUCACCUACAUAUACCAACCAGAUCGGCAUAAUUUGGCACAACGAAAAUUCCUUUUAGAAGGACUGAAUUGCUUAGAAAAUAAUCUAUCGCGUUUGCAUGCACCUUUGUUGGUUAUAAAGGCGAACAAUAAUCAAGAAGCCACAAAAAUUGUUUUGAAACUGUCAGAUGCAGCCUGCGAAGUGAUUACAGAUGCUGCUUAUUUACGCGAGGAUCGCAGAUUAGAUGAAAAUCUUAACGACAAGCUUAUAAUGAAAUGUCGCAGAUUCACAAAAGUUGAAGGAAAUGUCACUAUACCCGUUACAGUCUUAUGCAGUAAGCCAGCUUAUAAUGCUAAUACAAUUCGGAAAGUGGCGUGGCAUUUCCUUGAUGAUUUUCUCCUUGAAAAAUGGAAUGUUACUCCAAAAAUUCACUGUAAAUCAUGGAAAAGUAUAGUAGAAUAUAACUUGGAAUGUACAGACAUUUCUUCGGAAUAUACUAGAGCUGUCGCUGAUUGCAAAAUAGGUAGUGUGUUAAAAGGUGGCGAAGAUGCUGCGCUUCAGGUCAUGGACUAUUUCAUUGCAAAUAAUCUAAAAGCAUAUGACAAAGAAAGGAAUAUCCCGAAUGGUAAAAAACAGAGUCUUCUCUCACCUUACAUGCAUUUUGGCAUGUUAAAUCCAAUUACGAUCGUUAAUGAAGUCAAACAGUCUAAAGCACCAAAAUCUGCUAAAGAUGCAUUUUUGGAGGAAAUGGUUGUUCGACGGGAGCUAGCGCAUAAUUUUGUUUACUACUACAGAGACACUUACGAUACAUUUGAUUGCUUGCCAGAGUGGGCAAAGAAAACAAUGGAAGAGCAUCGUUUUGAUAAACGAGAAUAUAUUUAUAACUACAAAGAGCUAGAAGAGGGUCGUACGCAUGAUGUUUACUGGAAUGCAGCACAGUUUGAACUUGUUUUCACUCAUAAAAUGUCGGGUUAUCUUCGUAUGUAUUGGGCGAAAAAAGUGAUCGAAUGGUCCCCUGAUUAUGAACGCGCUUACGCUUUUCUUAUUGAACAAAAUGACAAAUAUGAGUUGGAUGGACGAGACCCUAAUGGCUACUGUGGCGUUAUGUGGAACUUCGGCAUACACGAUCGGGCUCAUGCGAACAGACCAGUGUUUGGGAAGAUUCGUUAUAUGUGUGCGGAUGGAUUACGUAGAAAGUUUCGGAAUCAUAUCGAUGACUACGUCAGUAUUAACUACAGACGUGCUGGUCGUAUAUUAGAACUAAAUAGUUAUGUGCAAUCAAAAGCGACGAAAACGUCAGAAGAUUUUGACCCAAAAAGGAGGAGAACAUGCAGAACUAUGAAGAAAUAAUUGAGGUUUUACAAUUUUAUUAUUCACUCAAGGUCAUAAUUACUACUGCCAUACGAGAUACAAUUUGUUUUUCGACUUUAAUAAAAUUCCUUUCUGAUUACUGCUACAGAUAGUAUGCCUAAACUGUAUGAUGCGUCACUUCAUUUUGAAAUCAGCAAUCUUCUUCUUCUAUUGGCAUAAUUGCUUGUACCUCAGUAUACUCCAUCUCAUUGUAAUUUGAUUGUUCAUGUGAUUUAUU